GAGAGAGAGAGAGCAAGGGAGAGAAGAGACCGAGAGACCACCACCAUAUGACUUGUGGGAAACUGGAUAUAUUAACGACCCAGACAUAAGGGGCUUGAGCUCUAAAAUACAGAAGAUAAAGCGGAAAGGAAGACAAUCAUUAUAUAUAUAUAUAUAUAUAUAUAUUUUUUUUUGCAUCAACCCUCCUCCCAUGUUGUUCAGGAGAGACUGCAGCUCCAUCGCUACAGCGCAGCAGGAGCACAGUGUGGAGGAGAGGAGGAGGAAGGAGAGAACAAGACAGAAGAACAGAGGAGCAAAGGGGAAAUACACAGUCAGUUAGGUCGUCUGAGGUGUGUGUGUGUUCAGUGUGUGUGUGUGUGUGUGUGUGUGUGUUUAUGGAUGUGUGUGUUCGGAUGUUUCCAGCCCAUUCUAUAGCUAUAGCCCAUCUCUGUUUAUUUUUGGGGCGUACUGGUGCGGUACGAUCCCUCUCCUGUCUCUAUCCUCUCUCCCUCUCCUGUCUCUAUCCUCUCUCCCUCUCCUGUCUUUAUCCUCUCUCCCUCUCCUGUCUUUAUCCUGUCUCCAUUUCUGUGUGCCAGUACGGCACAGCUAGACGGGUGGUGGUGUAAUGUCUGAUUGAGCUCAUCAGGCUGUGCUCGCUGUGUCGCUGCUGCCGUCAGGGCCUCUGGGACUAUUAGAAAAGCCUGGGCCUAGCCUGUCUGGAGCGCCCCAGCCAACGGAGAGGUGAGUGGGUUAGUGCCAUCCCAGCUGGCGAGGCUGUGUAGAGGAGGGUGGAGGAGGAGGAGGAGGAGAGGAGGAGGAGCGCAUACAGCCUGCAUGCCCAUGGGAAGCAGAAUACUCGGCCGGCAGUAGCAUCUAACAUCCUUAACGUGGCGCCAGGCCCAGAUCCAGACCCUGCCACCUCCCCUGACAGACAGAUGAAACCUCUCUCCCCAUCCCAGGUGAUGCUCUCUGGACCAAGUCCUGCUCUGUACAAGACGGGGAACCUGUUUUUGAUUCCAUUAUCAUAAAAAACCAAACAACAAGAAGGUAAAGGGAAAUACUACGAGAUCUAAACCUCCAUGAGACUACAUCCAUCCUCGCCUCCCGGCCCUGAUCUUUCUGUGUAAACCUGAUUCUCUCUUCUUGACGUUCUGAGGAUUUUGCCUAAACCUGUUUCAUGCAUGUCCACUGGAGGCAGGUUUGACUUUGAUGACGGGGGGUCGUACUGUGGAGGGUGGGAGCAGGGCAAGGCCCAUGGCCAGGGGGUCUGCACAGGGCCACAGGGUCAGGGGGAGUACGCUGGGGCCUGGAGCCACGGCUUCGAGGUCCUGGGCGUCUACACCUGGCCCAGCGGGAAUAGCUACCAGGGCACGUGGGCGCAGGGGAAGCGCCACGGUGUGGGCGUGGAGAGUAAGGGCCGCUGGGACUACAGGGGGGAGUGGACGCAGGGCUUCAAGGGACGCUACGGCCAACUGGAGAGCACGGUUAGCGGGGCCCGUUACGAAGGGACCUGGAGCAACGGCCUGCAGGAUGGAUACGGGACUGAGACGUACUCCGAUGGAGGUACGUUCCAGGGCCAGUGGCUGGGGGGGAUGCGGCACGGCUAUGGUGUCCGGCAGAGCGUGCCAUACGGCAUGGCGGCCGUCAUCCUCUACCCGCUCCGAACGUCCAUAAACUCCCUCCGCUCCGAGCACAUCCACGGGCCCCCCACCCUGCUGGAGGACGGCACCGGGACCGCCGUCUCGCCUGCCGACGGGGUGGUGGGGGGCGGGCUGGUCGGGAGUCCUGUGGGGAGGGGGGGCUUCGCUCUAACUGCACCCAGCGAGGCUGACCGUCGGGGGAAGAGGAAAGGCCGUUUCCGUCAGUCGAUCCUGAGUGGUCUGAAGCUGCGUCGCUCCGAGUCCAAGAGUUCCCUGGCCAGCCAGCUGAGUAAACAGAGCUCGUUCUGCAGUGAGGCCGGUAUGAGCACCGUCUCCUCUGCCGCCUCCGACAUACACUCCAACGCUAGCCAGGAUGGCGAGCAGGGUGCUCCUGUGGAUGCCACGGUCACCGAGGCCUACGCCGGCGAGUGGCGCAGCGACCAGCGGGCGGGUUGGGGCGUGAGCCGGCGCUCUGACGGUCUACGCUACGAGGGGGAGUGGGUGGCCAACAAGCGGCACGGUUAUGGCUGUACAACGUUCCCCGACGGCACCAAAGAGGAAGGGAAGUACAAGCAGAACGCGCUGGUCAGCGGGAAGCGGAAGAACCUGAUUCCUCUGAGAGCCAGUAAGAUCAGGGAAAAGGUGGAGCGGGCAGUGGAAGCGGCUGAGAAGGCUGCAGACAUCGCCAAGCAGAAGGCAGAGAUUGCCCUGUCCAGGAUGAGCCACGCCAGGGGAAAGGCGGAUGCAGCUGAAGGUGUGGCCCUGAAGGCUAGUGAGGAAUGUCGGAUGGCCAGGGUCGCUGCCAAGGAACUCUCGCCGUCCUUCCAUAUCCAUGGAAACGGUGAAUCCAAUGGUCUGGAGUGCCAGCGGCCCAAUAAGCACCAGGACAACAAAGACCACGAGAUCGUUUCCACGGGAACUGACAGUCCUGAGCUGUGCACCCCGGACACCACGCCUCCCGUGAUAACGCCUGACCUCAGCCCAGUCCUGAGCGUCCCCCCCUCACCCCCUCGCAGCCCGCCAACCUCUAAACACGGCCACUCCCACCGUCCCAGGAAUGCCUGCUUCAUGCGGCAGAGCGCUGUGGACGACCACGGAGGAGCAGAGAUACAGGUGCUAGUGGAGGGGCGGGGCAUGGAUCUCCAGAGGGGAGGAGCUAACAACUGGACAGAGGACCUGUAUCCAGACCGGGGGGUUCACAGCAGCCGAUCCACCACGCCAUCUCUACUGGAGGAGCAGGAGGGACAAGUCAAUGGCCACGAGCAGGCCCCAUCCAACCACAAACCGAGGGAGAAGUCCCGGGAGCAUACUUCCUCUUCCUAUAGGUUGUGGGAGCACUCCUCCUCGUACAACCAGAAGCCCUCAAAGCACACUUCAUCCAAUCACAAGUCGAGGGAGUACAUGCCGUCCAAUCACAAAACAUGGGAUCAUUCCUCCUCCUCCACCAAUCACAGGGCCUGUGAGAAUGCCUCUUCCAAUUACAAGCAGCAGGUGCACAUUUCAUCCAAUCACAAUGCCUUGGAGCAUAAUCUGUCCAAUCACAAGACUUCUGAGCAUGCUUCUUCCAAUCACAAGUCGUGCCAAGAUUAUACCUGCUCCAAUCACAUCCCAAAGGACCAUGUCUCCUCAGCCAAUCACAACGACCCCCGAGAGCAUGUGUACUCCAACCACCAUUCCAAGCAACAGCACAUCUCAUCCAAUCACAAGCUUAGCAAGCAUGCCUUGCCCGACCCCGGGCUCGACAGCCCCGCAGGGGGCUGGACUGCCGACGGCGCCAUGCGGUGGAGCCCUGCCCACUCGCGCCUCACGGACCGAGAGGAGGAGGAGGACAGGCUGGGAGACUACACAGUAGACAUGAGGUUCCAGCCUCUGGACUCCACUACCCAGAUGUCCCCUGGCCCGGGCCCCAAAAGCAGGCUGCGCCCGCGGGGCCUGCGGCCGGUCAAGGAGGGCUCCAUGGACUCUGUACAGAUGCUGGACACUCUGAAUGUGGGGGCGGAGCAGGAGGAGUGGCCCCUGCACAGGGACCUCACUCUCUCCCCGCCUCUCAAGUCUCAGCCAAUCACCUUGGAGCAGGACGGGGAGCACCUCACCCUCAAAUCAAACUCAGGCUCCAGCUGUGUCCUGGUAGUCAUGGUUAUAUUGCUCAAUAUUGGAGUAGCCAUCCUCUUCAUCCAUUUCUUUAUUUAACUUUCCUUCUAUGAUCUACUAAGUCCUAUUAUUAUUAUUAUUAUUAUUAUGACUUAUAUUAUAUGAGUUAUUACUGAUACAGACAUGACUCUGCCCAGCCAACUGGAGCCUGCAGCGUGGAAGGAGCGGAGGAGUGACGACGGACAUCAACAGCACGGUGUUUCUAUUGUUGUUAACCGCCUGUCGUUCUCUUCUCCACCCCUUGAUGUUUAUCUCAUCUCAUGUCACAGACUCAGUGAAGGUAUAUAAUUCAACGGAUUUAUCUAUCUGCCUUGAGUUUCUAAAACACUACAGUUUUUUUGAAUGAAUUUCCUUUUGUUGUGCUUGCAACCACGUCGAAAGGUAUUGCAUUACGACUGUGGAAGCUUUGAGAUGGUGUGAUGUGAUGUGGUGGCCACAAAUGCACGGGUUUUGUUAGCAGGGCACCUGCUGUAUAGAGGACAGGAUACACAGGGCACAGACUAUGUCCACUUGGCCCCAUCCAUCCAAGACUAGUGUACAGCACCCUCUGUCCUACACUUUAUCCCACUUAACAAUAUGACAUGCUAGCCCACCCUAGCCCCUAACCCUAUACCCUAUGGCCUCAUCUACCAACUGCUGGGAUGCCUCUCAAAUGGCACCCUAUUCCCUAUAUAGUGUACUACUUUAGACCAGAGCUCUAUGGGGGCUACAGUUAAACAUAGUGCAUGAUAGAGGGUAUAAGGUGCCAUUAGGGACGUAGUCCUGAUCUAUGCUACCAAACUAUGCUGCAAGAGUAGAUCCAUGUUAAAGGGCUCCGCCACACACUCUCUCUCUCACACACUCUCUCUCACACACACUCUCACACACACACACUCUCUCACACACACUCUCUCUCACACACACUCUCUCUCACACUCUCUCUCACACACUCUCUC